AACAAAGUUUAAUCCACACAUGCAAAUUCCAAUUCAACCCAGAUUGUCUCUAUUUUUUCUUCUUCAAGAAAUCUUACUUUUCUCAUCAUAUGGGUUGCACUCAAUUUUACUUUUAAGAUACUAGAGAACUUCCUUAUAUUUGUUCAUAUCUAUGCAGGUGAUUUUCACUGAGCCAGAACUGAUUUCUAUGCUAUCCAUAUGCAAGGGAACAUUCCUGAAAGAGUGUUUUCUGAAGAUAUUGCUAAGAUUACUACAGAUGUUUAAAUCAAAGGAGACUUUUAGGGACAUAGUCAUAUCAAAAGGAAGUGAUCAAGAGUCCUCAACUUCGAGAACUAAGUCAAUCCAUCCACCAAUUGAAUCCCAUUGGCUUCUUCCAUCUAAAGAACAAGACAAGCCUUCUUCAUUAUCUAAUACAGGCAUUAAGUCAAUGUUAGCUGUUCCAAAUAAGAUUAGGGACUCAUUAAAGAGACGUGGGAAGAGCCAAAGCUUGCAGAUCGUCCUGGAAGGAGCUCAUGAACCCAAAGAUGAACAACUUGUUGAGUCUUUUCGUGAAUUAUUGUUUCUUGAAGGUCUUCUUUUAGGAAAUAAGCACAAUGAUUAUCACACUCUCUUAAGAUUUCUUCGAAUGAGGGAUUUUGAUCUUUCAAAAGCUAAAGACAUGUACGCAAAUUAUCUUAAGUGGCGCGAGGACUAUAGAGUUGAUGCAAUUCCGAAGGAAUUUAAGUUUGAGGAGCUUGCAGAGGUAAAGAGAUGCUAUCCUCAUGGAUAUCAUGGGGUUGAUAGAUCUGGGAGGCCUAUAUACAUUGAAAGGAUUGGGAUGGUAGACCUUAAUGCACUACUACAAGCAACCACCAUUGAAAAAUUUGUCAAGUAUCAUGUAUCAGAACAAGAAAAGACAUUGAAUUUAAGGUUCCCUGCGUGUUCAGUUGCAGCAAGGAGCCACAUUGCAUCCACCACAAGUAUUUUGGAUGUGAAGGGAGUGGGAAUGUCCAAUUUCUCAAAGCCUGCUAGGUGCAUCUUUAUGGAAAUUCAAAAGAUUGAUAGCAACUACUAUCCAGAGACUCUAAAUCAGCUCUUUAUAGUUAAUGCUGGAUCUGGGUUCAGGAUGCUGUGGAAAGCACUUAAGGCUUUUCUUGAUGCUCGUACAUUAGCGAAGAUUCAAGUUCUCGGAUACAACUACCAAAGCAACCUGCUUGAAGCUAUAGAUGCAAGCAAUUUGCCUAGUUUUCUUGGAGGAAAUUGUACUUGUGCUGAUUAUAGAGGUUGCCUAUUUAGUGACAAAGGACCCUGGAAUAAUCCAGAAAUCACAGAAUUGCUUCAGGCAGUUUCAGCAGUAGAAGAGGUUAACAAUAAUGGAGAAAACAGUAGCGUGACUGCAGACGAGACGCCGGUAAGCAAUAGGAUACUUGCAACCUCUACAAAAGAAGAAGUUUCAGAAAGUGAGGAAACCAAAUUCCUUCAGGCUCAGAAAAUCCGAGCUCUAGAAGAAGCACUUGUAAACACAAACUUUGUACAAAAAAUCAAAGCACUGGAAACAGCUCUUGAGGAAACCAAAAUGGCAUUGAGAGAACUAGCAAAGCACAUGGAGAAUUUAAGAACUUAACCCCAUCAGGCCAUGCCUAUCAAUCAAUUUAACCUCUAAUCUUUCAUUUCUUGAUAUAAUUUCUAGCAAUGCAAAGUGAUGGGAAAUGACUCACACGUGUCAUUAUUGUUUUGGUUAAAUAAACUAAUAUUUAAGCAUAUUUAAUAAUUUUUAAUUAAUUUUAUUUAUGUUGAUCAUUUGUAAAGCAUAUUUAAUAAUUAUGGAUUAGAGUUUCUAGCUAUAAGCAUUGAUGUUUAAGAUGAAAAUGAUGAGUGAAAAUAUGAUACUCCCCAUCAUUUGGGAGACAGUGCCUGUGCCUCCUCCCCCACUCUGGACACAAAAUGGCUUUUAGCGAAGAGCAAUUAUAUGAUGCUAGUUUGGCAAUGAACUGUAUUUUCACAAUCACCUUAAAAAUAGAUUGAUAAUUAAAUAUUUUUUCAAAAUUUAUAAAUAUAAAUGAACGAAAUCCUAUUAUUUAUAAUUAGAUUUAUUUCUUUAUUAAAAAAAAUUAGUUUUAUUUCUUGACAGAGUGGCAAGAUCAUUAGCACAGAAGACAGGUGGUUAAAGUUUCAUUACACUUGUAUUGUCUUUGUGAGCUUUAAUUCCUAGACAACUAGAAAUUUGUAAUUUUUGUUUUACUCUUUAAUUAAUUUUAGAGGUGGUUUUGAAUUAUUUUUAUUUAAUUAUUUCCUUUUUCUGUUUAUUUUUAUUUGUUGCUUUUAAUUUUACUGAGUAUAUAGUGUGUUAAGUUAAGAUAAAAGAUAAAAUUAAAAAAUAACUAAUAUUCAUUAAUUUUCUCCAAACAAGAAAACGCAGAAAUAAGCGUCAAUAAAAAACAAUGCAAAUCCCACCAUAAAUUUUCCAAUUCCCAACCAAACCCUUCUCUCCCUCUCUCUCUCUCCCUCUCUCUCUCGAUCUGUCCGCUUAUGGUGAUUUCAUAAAACGAAAACUCUUUUGAAAAACAGAUUCCACACACUGUCAUAUAUUUUCGGAUCGUCUUUUAAUCUGCUUUCAAAAAUACUUUUGUUUUUAUUUUUUGAAUUUCCAACAAAAA